AUGCCGGCCAUCACUCGCGCGUCGUUAAACCGCGUGGACGCGGCCGGCGUGUGGUUCGACUGCAACGACGGCUUCGCGCUCCGCGUGACCCCCGUUGCGCGCAACCUCUUCCGCGUGCUCUUCCUCCGCCCCGGCGGCCUCCGCGAGCCGCGCACCUGGUCCGUCUGCUGCGACCGCGCGGACGCGGAAUCUGCAUCUGUAGCGGCGCAACCCGCAGCGGAAUCUCCUUCCGCAGCAGCAGGCGCAGCAGCAGUAGGCGCAGCAGCAGCAGGCGCAUCGGGGGCGUUUCAAGUGCCUUUCACAGGCGAUCUCCCGCGAAGCCCGCUGCUUCCCUCACCGUACGAUCCGCCAUGGGAGGGAUACGACCGUCUCAACAUCCCCUUCGCGCCCAUGUAUUACUCCGUGGAAGAAACCACAGUGGCGCUGACAGAACAGGGCACUCUCCCGCAAUCGGGGAGCGCUAUAACGGAGGCUACAGCGCCCCAAGCUCCCGCCGUUACCAUCCGAACGUCGCAGCUGAUCCUGACCGUCCGUUUGGAGCCGUUUCAUCUCUCAUGGGCCGUUCCUAGCAGCACCGCACCUGCGGUCGCGGCCCGGCUUAUAACGGGGAUGAAAACGGACGAAAAGUGCUGCCCUGUUGUUUUCGCAGAGGACAGAGAAAGCUGCCCGUACCGUUUCUCAGACCGUUCCUUCGCGUUUGAACACGCCAUGAAACGAUGCCCGCCCUCCUCUGCUCAUGCCGAUGCUGCUUCUGCCGCUUCUGCCGCUUCUGCUGCUGAUGCUAAUAUUGAUGCUGCAGUUGCUGCUACUGCUGGUGCUGAUGGUGCUGCUACAGCAGCAGCCGCACCAGGAGGCGAUUUUUACUUCGGACUUGGCGACAAGACGGGUCCUCUCAACCUGCACUCGCGCCGCCUCGCUAUAGGCAUGCGCGACGCGCUCGGCUUCGACCCGUUACAAGGCGAUCCCCUUUAUAAGCACUGGCCGCUGCUGCUGACGCGCGACGCGCGCACGCGCGUGUGCUACGGCCAGCUGUACGACAGCCUGGCGGAUGGUGCUGACGUGGACUUGGGGUGCGAGAACAGCAAUUAUUACGGGCCAUACAGAGUGUGGAAAGGAAGAGAUGGGGAUUUGGAUAUGUAUAUGGGGGUGGGGCCAGGGGUCAGAGAGGUGAUAGGGACGUUCUCUAGGCUAAUGACUGGGGGGUUGAGAGAGAAGAGUGGGAAAAGAGAGGAAGGAGGGGAGGAGAGUGGCGCUGAAGGGAGAGGAAGGGAGAGGGUUGGGGAAGGAAGAGUUAAAGAGAGUGGAAUAUUGGUGUCUGCAUCAUUACCAUCACCUCCACGAGCCGUAGGGCCCGCUCUGAUACCACGGUGGACGCUGGGCCUCCACCUCACCGCCAUGCCGCUAGCCGACGCUCCAGAUGCGCAGGCGCGCAUCUCACGAUUCAUCUCAGCCGCUCGUUCCACCCACAUGCCGGUCAGUGCGUUUCACUUCGGUUCUGGCUACACCAUGAUUGGCAAGCGCAGGUACGUUUUCCACUGGAACUUAGCUAAGUUUCCGGACCCGCAGGGGCUGGUGGGGGAGAUGAGGGGGGCUGGGAUGCGGGUGGUAGCGAAUGUGAAGCCUUGUAUGCUGAUGGACCAUCCGAGGUAUGGUGAAGUGGGUGCGGGGAAUGGGUUUGUUUUCUUGAGUGGAGUUGCAGCGGCAGGAGGUGCAGAUGGGGUAAAGGGGACAGGAGGAGCAGGGACAGGAGGAGCAGGGACAGGAGGAGCAGGGACAGGAGUGAAUGCGGCAGGAGGAGGGGCAGGAGGAGGGGCAGGAGUAGGGGGAGGGGGAGGAGUAGGAGGAGGGGGAGGAAGAGGGGGAGCGGGAGCAGGAGCAGCAGGGUCAGAGAAGGCAUCAGGGUCCCUUCCAAAGCCGAGUGCAGCAGAACAGGCAAUCCCAGCCGAAGCCACACCGCCUGCCCUUGCUGCUGCCUCAAUCCCCUCGGCCUCUGCUGCCGCUACACUGCCUGCUAUAAGCCAGUUCUGGGACGGGCUGGGGGCACAUUUGGACUUCACCAACCCCACCACCAUAGCAUGGUGGCAGGCCAACUUGCAGCGAGCGCUGCUCGAUGUUGGUAUCGAGACUGCAUGGAAUGACAAUAACGAGUAUGAGAUCUGGGAGGAGGACGCGUGCAGUCACAUGUUCGGCCGGCCCGAGCCGCUGUCUCUGCAUCGGCCGAUCCACGCGCUGAUGAUGACCCGGGCCUCGUUCGAGCAGCAGGUUCGGGCCGAGCCUGGCCGCCGGCCCUACUCGGUUACCAGAGCUGGAGGAUUUGGCAUUCAGAGAUACGCGCAGACCUGGUCGGGGGAUAAUUCCACUAGCUGGAAAUCACUCAGGUGGAACCUCCGCCUCGGCCUCUGCCUCUCCCUCUCUGGUCUCUUCAACUGCGGUCACGACGUCGGUGGCUUUUCUGGACCUCCUCCCGAGCCUGAGCUUCUGGUUCGGUGGGUCCAAGCCGGCCUGCUGCACCCGCGAUUCCUCAUGAACAGCUGGAAGCCCGACGGAACCAUCACCUGCCCUUGGAUGUACCCCGAUUCGAUCCCAGCCGUCCGUUGGUCCGUGCGGCUGCGAUACCGCCUAAUCCCAUACCUCUACUCUCUCUCCUUCCGAGCCUCUUUUUUUCACGAACCUAUAAUCCGCCCGACGUUUUACGAUUUUCCCGAGGAUGACCGAUGCUGGAGGGACGGGGAGGAGCUUAUGGUGGGACCCAUGCUGCUAGCAGCCCCUGUGGUAGAACGUGGGGCACGCCAGAGAAAAGUUUACCUGCCCGGCGGGCAGCCUGGGAGGAAAAGUAGCGCUGGUUCCUCUGAAACCUCAGCUGUGUGUUGCGGAUGGUUUGAUUUUUACUCGGAGGAGUUUUUCCGGCCCGGGCAGGUUGUGACGGUGGCCGCUCCGCUUGACCGAGUGCCGCUGUUUGUUCGGGCAGGUGGGAUAGUGGCAAUGACUGAAAGCACGGUGGAUUUCAGUGGGUUACAUAAUGAGGGCUCUAGGGUUCUCAGAGUGUUCCCUCCCCCUGUGGGUUCUGCUGCUGGUGCUGCUGGUGCUGGUGCUGGUGCUGGUGCUGCUAGUGUUGCUGGUGCUGGUGCUGGUGGUUAUUCUGCUGCUACUCGCGCUGCUGGCACUGCUGCUGCUGCAGCUGGAGCGUCAGGGGUAGGUGGUGGGGAGAGCCGGUGCGUCUUGUACGAGGACGAUGGGGAGACUCUUAAAGGGGACGGAGCAGAGGUGCAUGUGUGCAUGCAGUGGGACGCACAGAAGGUGGUGGUGACUGUAACGAUCGUGCAUGUAUCGGGAGGAAGUGGAGACGAGAGUGGUGUGGAUAGCAGAGGAGAGAGCAGCAGCGGAGGGGAGAGCAGCAGAGGGGAGAGCAGCAGAGGGGAGAGCAGCAGAGGAGGCGGGUAUAGAGUCCCUUGGGAGACUCUCAGGGUGGCUUUACCGGCUGCAGACACACGCGAGCUGGUGAUACAGUGGGGGGAUGGAGAUGGAAGCGAGGUGGUGAAUGACAAAGGGCAGGUGGUUGGGGUGGAGCAAGGGGCGUUUGUUUGGCACUCGCUGUGA